AUGCCCCGCCAACGCUUCAACAUGUCCUGGUGGCAUGGCAACGACAUGCCUAGCCACCAGGAAUACGAACACAUGCCAGGACACGAUACUCCGCAACAACCCUGGACUGCAUUGGGUCUAUCUGACGGUGCUGCAGACAUGCCUCUAUAUCAGGAACUUCCGGAAGAACGCAUGACAUCCGCCCGGCUACACUCCAGGCAACAUUCCUCGGUGCCCCGUUCUCCUCGGGAAUGGGAGGCAGUCUUUCUAAGGGAUGGCCGUUUGGUCUUCGAGACCUUGCAGCAGACCCGGGAGAUCAUGGUGAUGCCACCCGAAGCUCCUGAACCUCAACGACCUAUCGCUCGCGUUCCAUUGCCCACAGAGCCUCGGCGUCUUGCCUACACCACUCGUGAACGCAGCCGCAACGCCCGCACGACUCGAGUGCCACGCUGGGAGCCCACUUACGUCCCAGACUAUCUCCUCGAACUCUGCUGUGGUGCUGAAUCACCAUCUCUCACCAGGUGCCCUUAUCUAAGUCCCGAGCAACUCGCGCGUUUCCCACCAAAUCGUAUGCUCCGCUACGACAACCGCAGCCUCAUACUCCCAGAUGACUACCUCCACUAUGCUCCCAGACAGAGCAUAGCGCCCUACAUCUUUGUUCUCCAGCUGCUCAACCCCUACCAGCUCGAGCGUGUCCAAAGCACCGUGGGCGGCGACAUUCUCUUCGCAAUCGAGGAUGGCAAUGCGGAGUAUGCCAUGAUCACGAUGUAUAAGCUGGAACGGUCUGUCAUGGCCCUCAGGGACUGCGCGUUGUAUGUGAAGCAUCUCCAUGCGUUGAAGGUGUUGGCGGCGGGGUAUGGUUUAUGUAACCCGUACAAGGGGAGGGAGUACAGGAUGUUGAUGAGUGGAUGGGAAGGGUAUAGGAGAGCGGGUUGGAGCGCUGCGGAGAGGAGGAAGGCGGGGAUAGCGCAGCCGAUGUUCUGGAGCAUGGCGCCAGGUGAGAUGGACGCAUGGUGUCAUUUCCCUCAUUGA